AUGUGGAUUGCGCUGAGCGGUCCGAGUGGAACCAUUCAUUUAAACAGUGACUUCAAGGAGCUUCUAGAAGUGAGCUCAAACCUGGUGGUAUCAGCGGAUGAGACUGGGACAGCUGGGUUGCAGGUAACGCCGCAGCUUCCUGCAAUUUGGCGCCGUGACCAGGAUAAGGAUGCAGAUCCCGUGGCCACAACCCUUUGGAUACCAACCGGAUACUGCAAGCUCACAGACAUGGGUACCUUUCGGAUCCGCAUAUCGAAUGUUGUAUAA